ACAAUCAAUCUCAAUUUCUACAAUGAUUAUAAAUUAAUUAUGAUAAAGUGUAUUAUCGUAUAAAAAUCACAUAGUUUAUUCUCAUCUAACUUGAAAUAUAUCAUUAUUUCAUUCAUUUAGUUCUUUCAGAGUGCAGUAUAUUCCAGCACAACACAGAAGCUCUAUCGCCUACUAUUUCGCACGGCCUUGCAAGAAACUGCACUCUGUGACAUUAUCAGAGUAGGUAAAUAUGGAGGCGGAUACAAUAGAGACUGAGCCACAAGCGAAAAGACAGAAGAUCGAAGCUCAGGAGAAUAUGAAUGACAUGGAAACUGAUUUUACGAAUGACGAUUUAGAUUUUACGAAUAAAGUUGACAAUACAGAUAAAUAUACCAACUUUGUGACACCGGAAGAAUUGGAGAGGUUACAAGAAUAUAAAGUUUUGGAUGAAGUCAAAUCAAACGAUGAAGAUAGCAAUGAUGAGGAAUCUGAAAGUUCUGAUGGGAAAGAAGAUCUUCCUGAUGAGGAAAUAGAGAAGAUGCUAGAAGAAGAUUUGCCUGAUGGUUUCAAACAGGCGCCAAAACCGAAGGAAAAGCCGUAUGUAACGAGACAGAAGAUUGUGUUACAAGAAAAAGGAGUCAAUCAUUUUGAAGUGUUGCCUCUGGACUGGAUGAUGGUACGUCAUUACAGCGGUAUGCCGAUUUACAUGCACCGCACCACGCGCGUCUGUACCCUGUCUAAACCUUACUUCUUAGGGAAGGGUAAUACUAGGAGACAUGAUAUACCCAUCAGUGCUAUACCCUGUCUGUCGUACAGACGUGCUUUAGAAGAAGAACAGAAACAGAAGGAGAUAGAUCAGAAAAUACAAGAACAAAUCAAUAGUGGUGCGUGGGCAAAUCCUAGUCAAAGUAACUCUACUAUCAGUGACAAUCAAAAUAAUGAUAAUGAAACAAUUGUGAAACAAGAGACACAAAUAUUAGAUAUUGAUAAAGUUAAAAUUGAAAGGAAUGAUGAUGAAUUUUCUAUUAAUGGGAACAAAAUAGAAGCAGUCGAAGUAGAAAUUAAAGGUAUAAAAGUAAGAAGUGAUGCAGAAUUAUUAGCUAGAGAUAUUAAAGUUGAUGAAAAUAAUCAAGAUGAUACCGCAGAUCAACCAAGGUGUCCGUUUAACGGGCAAGGUACUAAUGAAAGUUCAGAAACCCAAAGUAAUGAGAUACCAUUGAGUAGACAACCGGUGGUAUUACCUGGAGGCAUAGUGAUGCCACCACCGAGAGUGGAAUCAGUGAACUCAAGCUGGAAAACUCAACAUUUGACUCCGGAACAAAUUAAUGAUUAUUGCAAACGUCUUUUCAAGUUUAGAACUGUUAAUAUUAUGCAUUUCAAUCGAUGGGCAGAUCGUCGUAAAUACACUAAAGCAAGAAAGACUUUGCAAUAUCCCACAUUACCCGAGGGAACCAAGCUGAUCACGAUACCCGCGCAGAACACGGGCACGGAGAAUGGCAACAAGACGGCAAAGCGUGAUUGGGUGAUGAACAUGAACGGGCGCUGUUAUCUGUCCGUCUUCCAUGAGUAUGUGUACCGCGCGCUGCAGAAACAGCCCGUCUACGAGUUCAAACAGCUUGAGAACGCAUCAACACCGUACCAGGCGACAGUGUACAUCGGCGGCAUGCAGUACGGGGUGGGGUACGGGUCCAGCAAGCGGCAGGCCAAGUCUGCGGCCGCGCGCGCCUCCAUACACAUCCUCAUACCUGAGAUGCGCGACCAGAUCGAGCCCCCCCCCGCACACCAGGAGCCGGACUUCUCGUUCUUCGACUACGUGAGCAUCGAGGACCCGCGUAUAUCAGAGUUCUGUGCGGCGACGUGCGAGCCCUCCCCGCACGCCAUACUGCGCACUUGUCUGCUGCGCAACUUCGGCGCCGGGGACAGGCACAUACAUACUGAGAUGAAAAAGUUGGAGUACCAGAAGAUCGAGCUGACGAUGAAGGUGGGCAAGCACAGCGCCACUGUCGUCUGCAAGAACAAGAAGACCGCAAAGCAGCGCGCCUCGCAGUCCAUACUGCAGGCGUUACAUCCGCACGUCCGCUCCUGGGGCUCCCUUCUCCGUCUCUACGGUUCACGUUCAGUGAAGAGUUGCAAAGAGAAGAAACUAGAAGAACAGCAGAUAACUCUCUUACAAGAUAAAGCGCGUCAGAAUGAACCCAACUAUGCAGUACUGGAGAAACUGCGCAAUGAAAUGCUGAAACUAAGAGAAAGAGACGAGGCUGUGGUACCUAUUGGUACCCUCCUCCUCCCUGCAGAUCUUCCCCCUUCAGCUUCCGAUCUUAAUCACGUCCAAUUGUAAAUCAGAAAUUUCAUAACUUUUUUUUAUUAGAAAAUUUUACUUUAUCUGGACAAUGCAAUUUAGUUUAAUCUACAGUAGUAGAAUAAACUCUUAGAAAAACAUAUUAUAUUAGUACAGUCAGCUGCAUAAAAAUGCAUACAUUUUUUUUUCAAAAAUUAGUGUUCCCCUUUCGGUUUAAAAAAUAUGUAUACAUGCAUCCGUUUAUAUGCGUUCCAGUAUUAUACGUUAUUGAGGAAUUCGUUUAUACGUAUUUUUUUAAGAUGUUUUUAAGAUUUUAAAGUUAUGUGACUUUUUGUAGCUGACUGUACUUGUUUUUGUGUAUCGCAAUAUAAACCCGGUUACAGGAUUUUCUCCCUCCCCAAUUGAUUUUUUUAUAUUCGAUUAUGCAAUUAAAUAAAUAUCUUGGUAUAGUUUUAAGUGAUGUAGUUAUAAGUUGAUGAGAUUCUGGAGUGAGGGAGAUGAACUUAUAUGCUAGGAUAAGUGCGAGUGAGAUAGGCAUCUUUCGUCUUUGACGAUAUAUGAAGGAUGUAAUAAUUAUAAUCAAUAUAUAUGUUUAAAGGUGAGUUCCCACUACCGAAACAUUUGUACGAAAAGCUUUUUAUCUUACAUUCUCCUUGAAUAGAGAGAUAUUUAUAAGGGGCCGUC